AUGGGUGCAACAGGGGAGACGAUGGAGGAGGAGGAGGAGGAGGAGGAGGAGGAGAUAAGUCAACAUCCCUUGGACGCUCCGGUGCCUGCUUCUGCCGGAAACACUCCCCUGCCCGCGGAAGUCGUGCAAACACGCAGCGUCGUCUACGAGCUUUUGCUCGACAGCUACAACGAGUUCAUCCUUCACACCCGUGAAUCCACAAACGACAGUACCACGCUCCGGCGUCGACUGGAGGCCGUCCCGCCCGACCAGCCCUGGCUGCCGCACGCAGACGUCGGCCCGUGUGUGCCGUGCACUGUGGGCGAGACUGAAUACCACCGGCCUAGUGCUGCGGGUCUCAAGGACCAGUGGGAAAAGGCCUUGCUUGAUUUUGAAGUGGGCAAGUCCGAUGUGAACGAGUCUGAAUUCUUCGAAUUGCGGCCUGCUGCGCAGUAG